CUCACCAAUGGAUUCAAGUUCAACUAGACAUGCUGAGCUUUCCGAACCCAUUUUAUCAAAACACAAAAAUCCGUCGGUGGUGGUUCUGCCUUCGGGCGAGGCAGUGAGCUCAGAACUGGAGGAGAUAUUGUUGGACGCGAGUUUAACUUCGUUCCAACGACUACAAAAGGCGACAACCAAUGAACUGAAAAGCUUGUUCUGGCUAGCAGGUCCGGCAAUCAUAGUGUAUUUACUGAACAAUGUGACGUCGCUAUCGACCCAAAUCUUUUGCGGCCAUCUUGGUAACCUUGAGCUGGCGGCCGCUUCCCUCGGCAACAAUGGCAUACAAGUUUUUGCAUAUGGUGUCAUGCUUGGAAUGGGGAGUGCAGUGGAGACAUUAUGUGGGCAAGCCUAUGGAGCUCAUCAGUUUGAAAUGCUUGGUAUUUAUCUUCAAAGAUCAACCGUCCUUCUAAUGGCGACCGGAAUUCCCCUCAUGUUUGUUUACAUCUUCUCUAGAUCACUCUUGAUCUUGAUAGGCCAAUCCAAGGAGAUCGCAACCGCAGCUUCGCUAUUCAUCUUCGGCCUCAUCCCCCAAAUCUUCGCCUACGCAGCCAACUUCCCCAUCCAAAAGUUCCUACAAGCUCAAAGCAUUGUGAACCCAAGCGCCUACAUUGCAGCCGCGGUUCUUGUGGUUCAUCUUCUGUUAACAUGGCUCGCGUUGUUCGUGUGGGAAUGGGGCUUGUUAGGUGCAUCUCUAGUGUUGAGUUUUUCAUGGUGGGUUGUUGUAGUGGCGCAGUAUGUGUACAUUGUGACGAGUAAUCGGACUAAUAAGAAGACGUGGAUGGGGUUCAGCAUGCAGGCGUUUUCGGGACUUUGGGAUUUUUUUAAACUAUCUGUUGCGUCGGGUGUAAUGUUGUGUCUUGAGAUGUGGUACUAUCAAGUAUUGGUUUUGAUUGCGGGUUUGCUAGAAAAUCCGGAAGUCGCAUUGGAUUCGCUUGCUAUAUGCAUGACUUUACUUGCAUGGGUGAUCAUGAUUUCGUUUGGGUUUCAAGCGGCCGCCAGUGUGAGAGUUAGCAACGAGCUAGGGGCAGGCCAUCCUAAAUCCGCAGCCUUUUCUGUCGCAAUAGUGACUCUGAUAUCACUCAUAAUCUCUUUGAUAUGCGCCAUCAUUCUCUUUUUUUCACGACACUCCAUAAGCUACAUCUUCACUGAAGGUGAAACUGUUGCAAAUGUUGUCUCGGAACUUACUCCUCUCCUCGCAAUUUCCAUCAUCCUCAACGGCAUUCAGCCCGUCCUUUCAGGGGUUGCGGUUGGAUGUGGGUGGCAAGCAUUUGUUGCGUAUGUGAAUGUUGGAUGUUAUUAUGUUGUUGGAGUUCCACUUGGUGCUUUCUUGGCCUUCAAGUUUAACCUUGGUGUUAUGGGAAUAUGGUGUGGCAUGAUCGCGGGUACUGCAUUGCAGACGCUCAUUCUACUAUGGGUUACGUUUCGAACAGACUGGGACAAAGAGGUGGAGAAAUCAAAGAAUCGUGUGAAUCAAUGGCACCACAAAAAACAGAACCAUUGAUAAGUUGUUAAGAGUUUGUUGCAUUUAAAAUCCAGAGCAAAAUAGUAUGAUUCUUUACAAGUAUUAGUGUGAUGUUCU